AGAGAAUCGCUGAAGAUUGGUUUCCAAUGAAUGAGAAUUGUCGAGACUGAGAUAACAUAAACAAUUUGUAGAAUUUUCACAGGCGAAGUUUUGGGCUUUUGCGCUCUUGGGUUACGUGCGAUCUAGUCUCCUGCGGCGCGGCAUGUAAAAGAAAACCAUCCAACACCCCUGUCAAAAGAAAUGACCAAUGGCCCACACUCGAUAUGCAACCAAGGCUUUGUGCCAAACUUCUAUAUUUGGUCUUAUUUAUUUGCAUGAAUUCUUUUGGAGGAAUUACUAGACAAAGAAAUUUUAGAAAAUUUAGAAUUUGGAAUUUUUCUUGCCUUUUUUUUUUUGUAUCAAGUCGUUUAUGGGACUUACCAGACAAAGCAAUCUUAGAAAAUUUGCAAACUUAGUAUAUUGAGCACGGACCAAAAAUGGGCUAUUAGAAUGACAGACUCUGGCUGGUUGGAACAAAAUGUUAUGAUUAAUUGCCGCAUGCCGCUUCCUACCGUAAAAUUUAUUGCACAAUUAUUUCUACAUUUUUACUGGGGCAAACGCAAAUCGCUAUCACGUUUUUCCAGUUUUUCAGGCAGGGAAAUGUUGUUAAUUGUCAUUCAAUUGAUUGGAACAUUUUAGCGUACAAAAAAACUAUCUACACUCCAGUCAUAACUUCCAUAACUUAGAGAUUCGUGGUUUGAAUAAAGAUGAAGGCCUUUAUUUUGACAUAUUGUACCAACAAAAACUGACAUUAAGUUAUCGUUUGCUGAGACUUCCGCCCUUUUUAAGAAUUGCAAAACCAUUACCACUAUAAAUGAAGUUCGUUAGCCAUAAAUACGAAGAGUGCGUUUAGUCUGAGUAUCAGAAAGGCCUGAUACUUGGGUUACCGUAUUUAUUGAAGGCUCACAUCGCUUCCAAUAUUUGUGGAGCACGCUCUGGAGGAAUUUCUUGGGCGGUAUACACCUUACAAUGAUAAACUAACGGCUGGGUGUAUUUCUGCCAGCACGUAAAAGGAGACGCACUUUUUGGCUUGGUUGGAGGUAAAGACGAAGAAUGCUGCCUCUUGUCGUAGUUGAGUCAACAUUAUCUGGAGUGAUCCUCGUUUUUUCUUUCAUUGGCAACUUCCUCAUAAUUGUGCUUGUGUUUAAGAAGCCUCGGUUGGAUACAACGACCAGCAUUUAUAUCACUUCUUUGGCUGUAACGGACUUUUUGAAUGCUUGUAUACCUGGUCCACUCUUCUUGGCAGCUCUAAUUACGCAGAAGAUGCCCUACAAUUCUGUGGUGUGUAAUAUUGACGGAUUCUUUAUACAUUUCCUGACACUCGUCUCAACGUCUACAAUGGCUUUGAUAGCCAUCAGUCGAUACUACUGUACCUUAAAGCCAAGCCGUUACAAAAUAGUGUUCAGUAUUCGUCGUUCUGCAUGUUACCUCGUCAGUUUAUGGACCUUUGUUGCCUUGUUUACGUGGAUUCCUGUGAUCGGUGGAUGGGCAGAAAUGGGAUUCAACCCCUUAAUGGCCUGUUGCAAUUGGCGUUUUUCCCACAAAACUAUGGAGAUGACAUUUACUUUUUUAGUUGUUAUCAUCUUCAUAAUUGGCAGUUUUCUGAUUAUUGCAGUCAGUUACUACCAUGUAUCAAAGUGCAUUCGACAACACAACAAUCAAGUUGCAUCACAUCAAGGCCUCAGUGUGCAGGAAAUUAAUGUGACAAAGACAUUCUUUACUCUGGUCUUGUCAUUUGUGGUUAUGUGGCUGCCCACAUUUACUGCCGUCUUUCUUUUCCGCGUUGCUUUAAGGGAGACUUAUCCACGCCUUGUUGGUCUUGCUGUGCCGUUUUUCUUACAGGCAAAUAGUGCAGUAAAUCCUUGGAUUUAUGGCGUUAUGAAUCCCUCUUUCAGGAAGAAGUUAGCACAGCUUGUAAAGAGGUCGAGUGGAAAUCAAGUUCAUUGUGCGUCAAGAGAUCGUCCGACUACUCAUAUAGAGAUAUCUAGAUUGGAUACCUGCCACCGGGAAAAUCGUUCCAUUGAGCAGUUUUCCCCGCUACAGCGCGCCCAUUCAUUGGCUAGUUCACGGUCACAUGACAUCUAACAAUGAAACUGUUUACCGCCAAA